GACUCUCGAUUCAUUGGUUGGACUUGCCAUAUAGAUACCAUUCCUCUGCAGCGGAAACUGAAAAGUCGUGUAAUCUUCCUGUCAUCCCACAAUCAACCAGGCAAAGCUUGGAUGCUCUUCUAACAUUUUAGUUGACCAAUUUGCUUUUCUUCAUUAGCUCCAGAAUUCAUCCAUUCAAUCUUGCCGGAUUUCAUCACAAAUGGACCGGCAGAACGAUUCAUCUGGUGGGAAGAGGAGAUUGGUGGUGGUAGGAGGUGGAAUUGCAGGUUCUCUGCUUGCCGAAUCCCUUCAAUUUGACGCUGAUGUCACCCUCAUUGAUCCGAAGGAGUACUUUGAAAUCACAUGGGCAAGCUUGAGAGCAAUGGUGGAGCCAUCUUUUGGGAAGAGAUCAGUAAUAAAUCAUAAAGAUUACUUGAGAAAUGGCCGCAUUAUUGCAUCGAAGGCAAUCAACAUUACUGAUACAGAUGUAUUGACUGCUGAUGGUGGUAUAUUUCCCUUUGACUAUCUUGUCAUUGCUACUGGCCAUGUAGAAUCUGUCCCAAAGACUAGGGCUGAGAGACUUGCUGAGUACGAAGCAGAAAAUGAAAAGAUCAAGUCUGCUCAUUCCAUGUUAAUUGUUGGAGGAGGUCCUACUGGUGUUGAACUUGCAGGAGAAAUUGCUGUUGAUUUCCCAGAAAAGAAGGUUACUCUGGUGCAUAGUGGAUCAAGGUUGAUGGAAUUUAUUGGACCAAAAGCUGCUAAUAAGGCAUUAAAAUGGUUAAGGUCAAAGAAUGUUGAUGUUAAAUUAGAGCAAAGGGUUGAUUUAAAUUCUGUUCCAGAAUUGGAUGACAAUGGUACCAGAAUUUACCAUUCUUCAGGCGGUGAAACUAUCAAGGCAGAUUGCCAUUUCCUAUGUAUAGGGAAACCACUGGGCUCAGCAUGGCUUAAGGGUACUGUUUUGGAGAACAACUUGGAUAAUCAAGGAUGCUUGGUGGUUGAUGAGCACUUGAGAGUCAAAGGUCAAAAAAAUAUAUUUGCAAUUGGAGAUAUCACUAAUAUUCCAGAAAUGAAACAAGGAUAUUUGGCACAAAGCCAUGCUGAGGUGGCUGCUAAGAACUUGAAGUUAUUGAUGGCUGAGGGAAAAGCAAGCAAAAUGGCCAUCUACAAGCCAAACUCUUCAAGAAUAGCAAUUGUUUCACUGGGGAGGAGAGAUGCUGUUGCACAAUUUCCAUUGAUUACCAUCAGUGGGCUUAUUCCAGGAAUGAUAAAAUCUAGGGACUUAUUUGUAGGGAAAACAAGAAAGCAAAGGGGCCUAGACCCUGAUGACGCAUGAAUUAUUGAUGAGUGAAUUGUUCAAUAUUGUGAACUGCUAGCCAGCCUUAUAUUUUUUUUCCCAUGCUGCGUUUGAUGCUUGUUAUAUAGUUGUCAUUUAUUUUGAUUUGAGGUUGAAUUUAAGUUGAUUUUUGAAAGC